UCGGCGGUGGCGGCGUCGGAGCUGCGGUUAAAUAGAGGGAGAAGGAGGCCGAGGUGACGAGUCGGGCUGCUUUUUCCAGUCCUUUUCGUCCGCCCAGCUCAUCCCAGCGGAGCCCACCCCACCCCGAGGUCGUGGGGUCCCGUCCGGAGCGGGAAGGACCGGCUCCGAGCAGCAGCAGCAGCAACAUUAGCAGCCUCCAUGGAGGAGCGCGGGGCUCCCGGCAGCAGCGGCGCUUCCUCCCCGGCAUUUUGUGGCCUGUCGUGAUCGGCGCCGUCCCCUUCCCUCUCUUCCCUCUCCUCGCCUUCCGUCCCGCCUCUAUGAUGAAGUUCAAACCGAACCAGACGAGGACCUACGACCGGGAGGGCUUCAAGAAGCGGGCGGCCUGCCUGUGCUUCCGCAGCGAGCAGGAGGACGAGGUGUUAUUGGUGAGUAGCAGUCGGUAUCCAGACCAAUGGAUUGUACCAGGCGGUGGGAUGGAACCAGAGGAAGAGCCAGGCGGUGCUGCAGUAAGGGAAGUUUAUGAAGAGGCUGGAGUGAAAGGAAAACUAGGCAGACUCCUGGGGAUAUUUGAGCAGAACCAAGACCGGAAACACAGGACUUAUGUCUACGUCCUUACGGUCACUGAAAUAUUGGAAGACUGGGAGGAUUCUGUUAAUAUAGGAAGGAAGCGGGAGUGGUUCAAAAUAGAAGAUGCGAUCAAGGUUCUCCAGUGUCACAAACCUGUACAUGCGGCAUAUUUGGAAAAAUUGAAACUGGGCUGCUCUCCAAUUAAUGGAAAUUCCAUGGUCCCCUCCCUUCCAGAUAACAAUUCAUUGUAUGUCACUUCUGCACAGACUUCUGGGUUACCAUCUGCUGUGAGAUAAAUAGUUUGUGGCCCCUUUCCCCAGGCACCAUUAUAGGGAAAGAGGCACUUCUGGGUUCCCAUGCAAACAUCCACAGAUAUUUAAAUUUUGUCUAAAAUGCCAUGCAUUUAUGUAUUGAAUCAUUUUGGCAUGUACUUAAGCUAUUUUGAAAUUAUUUUCCCUAACAGUGUAAAAUACUCAGUAAACCAAAGCCAUAUAUGGAAUUUAAGAUGCCUUAACUGGCUUCCCCCCACCCUCUCCCCAUCAGAGUUCUCAGAUUUUCCACGUCUGGCAACUUUCUCCAAUACUCCAUGGAGUGCUUUGUCUUGGGGUAGGGGGCAAAAGGGGGAGGGGGUUAUUUUAUAGGGCAGUCUGAGAGGGAGGAGGCAUCACUGUAAAUGUAUUUAAGAAACUGGCUGGAUAAAUCUCUUGUCCCUUUAUUUGUGGUAUUGGGUUUUACAAACUCUUUUUGGUGCAUUAGCUUUUUCUGUAGUAAAAGGAGAGCAUUUGAAUUGUGAGCUCCACAAUUUUUUUAAGGCUAUAUUUUUACUAUUGCAAUUUUGUAUUUCACUUCAAAGGAAAAUAAACUUAUUUCUUUAAAAACUCCUGAAAUAAUUCCAGCUAAGUAUCAACUUUGACCUCUUUGCCUUCUCUUAUUCACCAUCUCCCCAUCACCACCCAAAAAUUUAGCCUCCUGUUGUCAGAAUGUUUUCUGUUUUUGACCUUUUUCAAGGAUAUAAAACUUGCAGUCAUAUUGUAUGCUUUCCCUCACACAGACCCAACCCUUUUUUUGUUGUGGUUCCACCCCCCACCCCUUUCUCUCUCUUUCCCCUAAACAAAAGUUCUCCAUUUGGGAAGGUGAGACAGAUUGAAGGAUUAGGUCACCUCUCUGGUUCCCGGAAAACUUUAGCAGAAAGAGGACAGGAAGCUAAUACAGUCCCAUGGCAAACUCUCCAUAGUGAUGAUGGUUCAGAUUUUAUUCAAACAUUUUCUCCCCUCCACCACUACAAGAAGACUCUAAUCUUUUAGACCAUCCUCUUAGCAUGAGGUGCUGAGCCAGGAUGGGAGCUGGCCUAAUGACAUUGUUCUAGAACUGCUUAAAUGCCGUCCAUUUUGAGUUUUAUCACUUGAACCCAUCAUGGAGAGGUCAAUGAUGCAAGAUCACAUAGCAAGUGUGUGGUAAGAGUCUAAAUGCUGGCAAGCAGUCAGUCAUUAACAAAUUGCCUCAAAACCAUUUUUUUUUCUAAGCAGCCCCUUGAAAUGCGUAUGUACCGUUUUGGAAAAUUGUUCUCACCUUCCCACAACCACCCCAGAAUUGUGGUUGAAGCCAAAUCUUCUCUAUUAUGAAGCUCACUUUAGAGUAAGUGAUCAUUGUACACAUAGCAUUUAAACACUUUGUAAAUAUUCUAACUGGUAAAUAGUGAGUGUAAAAUGGAAAAUAAAUGUAAUUUAAGACUUUGUUACUCAGUACAUAGUUAGCCUACUUUAAACACAAAUUGUGUAAAAUGCUGCUAUAAAUUAAUUGCGUGCUGUUACACUUUUUGAGGAAAUAUUGGUGCCACAGUUCUCCUUGUUGAAAAAAUGAGAUCUUGUGCCGUGUGUGUGUGUGUGUGUGUGUGUGUGUGGGUAGAUUAAUCAGAACCACAAGGAUUAAGUACAAGUUUCAGUUCAAAUGAAUCUAGAUUUAUUUUGAAAAUACUCCUAACUGAAGGGAAUAGAAAACCUAAAAGGAAUUUCAUCACCCUACUUUCAAAAUUCUAAGUAGGCUGUGACAAAAUCAGGAUACCAUUUUUCAGUAUCACUUUUCUACUUUGCCUUGUUUGGAGAUAAAUGUAUUUUUUUUAAUCUGAACCUAAACCCAAUGUAAUAAUUGUCAUUAGGUAUUGGCUAAAAUCUUUUGUGGGGUUUUUUUGAACUAAAACAGCACAGUAAAGAAUUUGGAUUUUAAAAAUUAUUUUGCCUCCAAAUCCUUGGGAAUUAAAAGCUUGAACAUCGUAUUCUUAGCGGUAAUGCAUGUUAUUUUGUAACUCUUAAAUGAUGUAAUUGAUAAAAAUGUAAAAAUGUACAGUAUUGUGUUUAAAUUCAGAGUUGCUAGCCUAUAAAUACUUUGUUGUAUAAUGUUGGAUUAAACAUUUGUACUUAGGGCCACAUCAAGAUUUUUCAGUGCCACUGAGUGUGCAGAUCUCUAUGCAACUUGCAAAUUUCCCUUAAUGACCAGUCAUAAUUCCUUUUGUCUUUGUAUAAUUUAACACUCUUUGAACUGCAAUGAUUGUAAACUGACAUCAUGCUGAUGUUUUGUUUUUUGUUUUAAAUCUAAAAUGCUUGGGUAAAACCAGUGAUCAAGUUGCAUAGAAGGUGAGCCCAUUUUGGGUUCUGAGAGGACUUUAAACUAUGAUUUAGGAGCAGGGGAUACUAACCCUUACGUUAACGGCCUCAUGGUCCAGUGGCUUUACUUCCCCAUCUGUCACAUUGAGAACUGUGGUGAUUAUAUGUUCUAAAGUUGUAGAGCUGCUCAUUUUCUCACUCUCUACUCCACCCCUCCACCUCUAUUCCCACCACCCAAGGAAUGACCCAAGGACACUUGCCGAGAUACAGUAACGUACGUCUCAAAUCUUGUCUUGGAAGCCAAAGUUGAAAUGUUCAAGCUGGUUAAGUGCCAUACUCUUAUACCUUAAGACCCUGUAGUGUGCAGAGGCACCUGAAGUAUUCUCUUCAAAUCCCGCACCUAUCACCAAAAGGCCCAAAGUUUGCUUUGCUAGCAACAAGGGGCUAGCAUCUUUAAAGGAAGCCCCAUGUUCUGUUUCUUACAAAAUUACGGAGGGAGCAAAACAGGAAAAAAGCUGUAAACAUUGUAUCACUUUGCAUGGUUUUCUUUUGAAACUAUUGAUGUAAAAACAAUUUUGACUUUUUAUAAUGGGGAUAAAAUACCAAAAUAAAAACCUAAUUGUAAGGGC